CCUAAAAGAAUUUUCUUGAAUAAAAUAAAAUAUCUGAUAUAUGAUUAGUCAUUUAAUUGAACACUAUACGAAUAUAUGAGAGGAUUGUUUAUUAGGAUUUUAAUUUUGAAGUGCUUUUGCAAAAAUUGAAUUUGUUUAAAUGAAAGAAAAUUUUUAUUAACUCGUAUCGAUUAAAUAUGUGAUAUAUAUAAAAUUAAACAAAAGAGCAAUGUUCCAAAUAUUUAAAAACAAAAGGAGGACAAGGGAAGGGAAAGUAGUGCCAUUGAUUUCCUUUAACAGCUUUUCCCUUGCAUUCAUUAAAAGACCAUUAUAAAAAGAAUUAAAAACCCAAAUAUAGGAAUGCCCCGUUGGGAGGAACAUUUAAGCUUAACCUGGAUUUUCCAUCUGAAAAUUCGGUCAGCUUCUGCUUCUUCAUUUACCCCACAAAACAAAAGUUCUCCUUUUCACUUACUUAGAGAUUUUCCUUCCCUCUCUCUUUUCUUGAUUCCAAAAGUAACAACAAUCAAGAAUUGAAGCAGUUCAACCUCCCCUUCCCCUUCUCCUUCUUCUUUUUUAAAUUUUGUUCUGCACGAUAGAAAUUCAAGAUUUCUGAAGAGAAAGUAAAGUUCAUUUAUGUGAUGCUGUUUUUCUUGUAUGUAACUUCCUUUGUGACCAACUAUCAUAACUUUCUUAUACUAAUUCUAACAUGACCUUUGUUUUUCAUUGCAAAUGUAUCAAAACAGAUUGUGGUUUAUAUUCUUGCUUUAUUUUUACUUCACCUCUUAUAAAACAAACACCUUCAACCCUGGGGAGGAAGAUUUCAUAUUUACAUUGCCAAAGGAUCCACCAUUAUUGACAGCAAAAAUGAACAGUCUUAUAAGAGGUUUAAAAUACAUCUCCCAUAUGUUUGACGAAAAAGAACCAGAAAUGCAAAUAGGGCUUCCUACAGAUGUAAAACAUGUUGCUCAUAUUGGUAUGGAUGGUCCUUCAGCCAAUAAGCCGAGCUGGAUGAGUGAGUUAAGUUCUGCUCCAGAGCUCUCAUCAACUCCUCUAAAUAGUAAUCUACCAGUGAAGGCUUCAGCCGCAGGAAAUCAUUACUCAUUGCCACCUCUUGGCAAUGAGAAGCAAAAGAAGUGGAGGCGCAAACCAUCAAUAGACAAUGGCUCACCUAUAGGUUCUCCAAAAGGCGCCGAGAAGCAAUCUAGGCGUCAUCGACCAUCAAACCUUUCGAUGGAAUCCCCUGGUAGAGAUUCAUCUUGCCAUGGAAGGCGGCACCAGAAUACAAGUCGUGGCAUUGAAUCAUCUUCACAAGAGUUAGCUGAUAUCCCAAAAAAAUCUCGGCGAAAGAAAUCAAAGGGAUCACAUGGCGGAUCAGAUGAAUCUUCAUCAACAUCAAGAUCAAAAGGUUCUAGUUCUUUGCCUGAUAUCAUGGAGCUUGAAUCUUGAGGAGAUGGAAGCUUAAGAGGAAUAGAGUAAUUUGUGAAUUAUAGGUUUCAGGUAUUACCAUUGCACCAAAUUGUAAUUUCCAUGGAGCUUCUUAUUAUUGUUCUCUCCAUCUUUUUUUUUUCCUUGUAGCUUUAGCUGAAUGGUUUUCGUGGCCUCAUAUAAGCUCUUGCAGACCAUGUCUCAUGCUCUUUUUAAAAGCCAAGAGAACACAGGAACAGACUAAUGAACUUUGAAACAUACCAAUGAAAAGCCUAUGCCGCCAUUCUCAUUGUGGAUCCUUUCUGCAUAACUUUAAGACUUCUAAGCAGCACUUCUCAACUACACGAAAACCACGUCAUCUACCACUUAAUCCAGAUGACAUGGUGUUUAAUGUCAGUCUCAUUCAAAACCACUUCAUGGCAAACAGCAUUUAGGAUAUUCUGGCCAUUCCGGCAUUCCAUCUUGCUCAAUUGUCCACAGUUUUGAGUUCUUAUAAAAG